AUGAAUUUUUCAUUUAUCUGUAUGAAAAACGAUAUGAGUGGAGCAAUUUUAGAUAACAAUGGGGUAAGUUUUCAAGUUAAUUCGAAAAAAAAGUGAAACUGGGUGUUCUAGACACUUCAUUCGAUUUAUGAUUAUUCAUCUAGUGAAAAAGCUGAACUAAUUUGGGCUGUAGCAAUCGGAACAAUUGUUGGAACAAUUCCAUAUAAUUGGGCAUACGUCAAAUAUGGAGCAAAGUGAGUUUCAAGAUCUAGUUCAAUAGCAGUUUCUUUUUUCAGAUACGUAUUUUUAUCAGCUGGCAUUCUUUCAAUAAUCUCUACAGUACUUGUUCCAACUUUAGCUGCUCAAAGUUAUAUUGCUCUUCUUUUUGUUCGCCUUCUUCAAGGAAUUGCAUAUUCUGCAGAUUUUGCGGUGAUUGGAAUAAUUUGUGUUAAAUGGGCACCUUUGGAUGAAAUUGCAUUCUUUAUAUCUGUUCUUACUGUUUUCUCACCUUUCGCAAAUAUUAUAACAACUGGAAUUACUGGAGUUGUAAGUUGAAUAAGUUUUUGAUUAAUUUUUUAAAAACAAUUUCAGUUGUGCACAUCUUCUCUUGGCUGGAGAGCAUCAUAUUAUUUCCACGCAGUUGGUGGAGCAAUUUGUUUUGUUUUGUGGUGUAUCGUUUAUUCAGAUUGUCCACUUUCUUGCAAAAGUAUAACAACAGAAGAAAUGGCAAAUAUUCAAAAGGGAAAAUCAGCUGAACAUUUCAACAAAGAUCGAAAUGUACCAUAUUUCAAAAUGAUAACAAAUCCAGCAUUAAUAAGUGUAUGGUUUAACGCAUUUAUGGAUUUAUCAAUGAGUAUAAUGAUUAUCACAUAUUCCCCAAUUUACUUGCACGAAGUAUUAGGUUUUCCGGUGAGUUGAACACUAUUAGAGAUAAAAAUUUGAUAAAUACAAUAGAUUGAACAAACCGCAGCAAUUAUUGGGAUAACUUCUUUUGUUCAACUUCCCUUCAAAUUCACUGCAGCUUUCAUCAGCGAUCGAUUAAUGAUAUUCUCACCAAAAACCAAGAUGUUGAUCUUUAACACAAUUUCGUGUGGAAUUGUAUCUUUGCUAUUCGGAGGAUUUGGAUUUGUUCCAAAGGAUCAUCGUUGGUAUGCUAUGGUUCUUCUUGGAGUUCUUCAUUGUCUCAUGUCAACAAAUUGUGGAGGUUUUUAUCAAUGUGGAAGGUAGAAGUGGAUAAUUAUUUUAUAUAGAUGAGCAUUCAAAUAUUACAGAUACGUAGCUCAACAAUACGCGGAUGUUGUUAUUGCUGCAAUCCAAUUUUGUAAAUGUUUAGCACUCUUUUUUGUUCCUGCAGUUGUCAAAACUACAGUUUCUAAUGAACACGAUCGUAGUCAAUGGGCUUUAGCAUUUAUAAUUAUGGCUGUAUUCUUAUUUAUCGCAAAUUGUUCUGCCUAUUUCCUUUUUACCGAUCAACCAGCUGAAUUCACAAAAGUUGUUGAUGAACCUGAAAAAUUGAAAGAAGCUAUAGCAUGA